AUUGUUUGCAACAAAAUAACAGUAUCUCCUUCCUGUGAAGCCGUCACUGUUUUUCUUUUCCAUCGAAGGAGGGAGAGACAACUGCCGCCACCACCAUCAAUGGCUUACAGACGUUGCCUCUUACAGAGAGGCAAACUCAUAGAUCGAAGGUCCCAUCCUUCUUUCACCUAUCUUCUCCACACCGACGAUGAAACCAAACCAGAUGAAAAACGAUCUUCAACAGGAUUCAGUAACAAUUCCACCCAAUCAAGAUCCUUUCGAACCUCUCUUAACGGAGGAUCAAUCGGUUUUUUCUCAUCUUCUCAACACAAACACCUUUCACCGUUCGCUGGAUAUAAUUACUGCCGAAAUAUGUCAAUAAUGGAUCAGAGUUCUGAUAAGAUUACCGUAAUCACUGAUGUAGCUGAUGUGACUUCUCAGGCCGCUACCGGUGUUAGCGAAGUUGCCAUCGCUGCUGCUGAUUCUUAUUUGCCUGUUCAAGCCUUGCAGUAUGUCAUUGAUGCUGUUCAUUUAUACACUGGCCUUGACUGGUGGGCGGCCAUAGCUCUAACAACUCUCGUGAUUCGAACUGCAACUGUUCCACUCUUAGUAAAUCAACUCAAGGCCACUUCUAAGCUUACGCUUAUGAGGCCUCGCUUGGAACAGAUAAAGGAAGAGAUGGACGGGAAGACAUCUGAUCCCGCGGCUGUUGCUCAAGGUCAGGAGAGGAUGAGUAAGCUAUUCAAAGAAUAUGGUGUGACUCCUUUUACGCCAUUGAAGGGACUCUUUAUUCAAGGUCCUGUCUUCAUUAGUUUCUUUCUUGCGAUAACAAACAUGGCUGAAAAAAUGCCAUCAUUCAAGCACGGUGGAGCUUUCUGGUUUACUGAUCUCACAACUCCUGAUGCCUUGUACAUUUUUCCAGUUUUGACUGCUUUGUCAUUCUUAAUAGUAGUAGAGACUAAUAUGCAAGAAGGUAUGGAAGGAAAUCCUAUGGGUAACACCAUGAAAAAAUUCUCGAGGGUUCUUGCUCUUCUUUCAGUUCCUUUCACUCUGAGUUUUCCAAAGGCAAUUUUUUGUUACUGGAUUACAUCAAAUUUGUUUUCAUUGACGUAUGGAAUGGUGCUUAGAACUCCUGGUGUAAAGAAAACUUUGGGUAUUCCUGAUUUACCUCCUGCAGAACCCACCAGUUCUCGGCAAUCUCCCUUCUCUAUAUUUCCAGCACUAAAACAACGAAAAGAUCAAAGCUCGUUGCCAAUUGAAUCACCAAAACAAAUAAAAAAUCAAAGCUCAUUGCCAGUUGAAACACCAAAACAACCAAACAAAAAGAUAUCUUCUAUUAGUCAAAGGAUUAGAAGCUUAGAAAAACAUGUUAAAGGAAGAAAGAUAAGCAAGAAAUGAUUACAUUUACUAGUUCCUUAAUUACACCAUAUGUUACACCAUUAAGCAUAUGGUGCAACUAUGCUUAGAUUUUUUCUCAUGUUGUAUUGUUAUCCUCUGAUGGAGGGGAAAUUAGAAAUCUAUUUAAGAUAGGGAGGGGUAAAGGGAAUAUUUUUUUUUCAAAGCUUGUGAUCGAUUUUGCCGAGGAAGCUAAAGCUUUUUGUUAACAUGUGUUUUAUAUUUAUUUAUUCAAGUAUAUACGGUCAAAAUACAUGAAUGAUUUAAACCCUGGGAGACAAAGCAAAAUUAUUUUUGUAUACUGAACAUUUUAAUGAUAUAGAUUCCUAUAUAGCAUCAUUCUCGUA